AUGAACAGGAUGUGGACUCUGGUCGCGUCUUUGGAGGUUGUGUGUUUUACUGUGCUUGGAUCGGCAGAAGAUUCACCCAGUUCCACCUUGUUUCUGAUCGCGGCUCCAGACGUGCUGCAUGCUGGGACGAACACCUCACUGGCUCUCACCGUUUUCUCCGACUUCCCAGGGAGAGUGACAGCUGAGGUGGCUCAUCGGGACUCCAGAGUGUCCCAAACACAGGACUUCCGAGGAGGUUUGACCAGUGUCCUCACGCUUCCUCCUAGCUCCCCGCUCACUCUGACGGUGAGCGGCUACAGAGGAGAGACUCUGGUUUUCACCGGCUCCACCACCGUCGGCUUCAGCCUCAGGAGCGUCUCGUCCUUCAUCCAAACCGACCGGUCGCACUACGAGCCGGGCGACACCGUCAGAGUCCGAAUCGCGUCCGUCCAGCUGGACAAUCGUCCGUAUGACGGCGUGCUGCAUUUCACAGCGCUGCAUCCCAGUGGGAAUGUGGCUGAAAGCUGGGCGUCCGCAGGACGUCAGGGGAUUGUGCUGAAGGACUUCAGUCUGCCUGAAGCAGCUCCUGUUGGACAGUGGACCAUCAAAACCACAAUGAAUGGUGUGACUGAUGAGUCCGUCUUCACUGUGGGACAUUCUGAGCGUCCUCAGUUUGACGUCCUGAUCAAGACGCCUCCGCAGAUCCUCGCUGGAGACGGCGUUUCGGGAUCCCUCAGCGUCUCUCGAUACGACGGGAAGCCUCUCGCCUCCGAGGACCGGAUGCUCCCUGUCGUAGCUGAAAUCACCCAGACUACAUCCGCACUCACAAAUGAGUCUGAAACUCUGACAUUUCCAGCACCCGAGGACGGGAAUGUCCAAAUUAAGUUUCGAUUACAAGAUCAAGUCGUGUCUCUUUCUAUUCGGGCCAGAUUCCAGUCGGGUGAGGAGACGCUGACAGUCGACGCCGACGCCUCUCCAAGUGGCUCCUACAUUCAGAUCUCGCCCGUCAACGAUUCACCUGCUCUGGUGAGCUCCAGGCGUCAAGUGGUUACAGCCGGGACCAGGAACUCUUCGUCUCUCUCUCUGACCCCGGCUCUGUCCUGGUCCCCUGAGGCCUGUGUCACCGUCUACUGCGUCCUCUCAGACGGAGAGGUUAUCAGCGACAGCGUGCACGUCCCCAUCAGUCAGCACAGCUCCCUGUCUCUGACCUGGAGCGGUGACAGAGCGCGCCCGGGCCGGCUGGUCUCCCUCACCCUGAGCGCCCUUGAGCCCGGCGCCAAGGUGGGAGUCGUCGUGACGGGUCGACACGACGACCCGCCUCCGCGGUCGGAUCUGGAUUUGAAAGUGGAGCCGAAAUGUGACCUUCGGAUGUUGACAAAUGCAAGACUGAAUCCGAAGAAUCAGCCUGAUGGAUCUGAAACCGGGAUUUCAGAGGACGGCGUCCUGACGGUGCAGAAGUACUGGAGCCCCUGGAUGAACGCUGCUGAGCCUUUGCUGUGGUUAGACACUGACGUGAGCGGCGAGACGUGGACCAGCGAGGACAUAACGGUGCCUGACGGCGUCACUUCUCUGAGGGCUUUGGCUCUGGAGAUGUCUGAAAACCUGGGUCUGAUUUUCACACCCGUUCCAUCGCAGCUGGCUGUGUCCAAGGACUUCUCCUUGUCUCUGGACGUCCCGCCGCAGCUCAUCAGAGGAGAGGAGAUCGUGCUGGAAGUGAACGUCGUCAACCAUCUAGAGGAGUACAUCGACGUCAUUGUGCUCAUAGCACAAAGUGAGACUUUCGAGUUUGUUUUGUCAAGGAGAAGCAACUUGUCUGUUAUAAACGCCCAGAAACUCACCUUAGGGAGUCACAGGUCUGCUGCAGCCCGGUUCCCAAUCAGGCCUUUGUCUCUCGGGGACGUGGAAAUCGCAGUGGAUGCCGUCUCUGCAGAGGCGUCAGAAAGCCUUGUUCGGAGAAUAACGGUGAAGCCUGAGGGGGUCGAACAGUUCUCCUCACAGACCCUGUUUCUGGAGCUGGACCCAGCGAGGAACUUCAGCUCCACACCCGUCUCCUUCUCCUUCCCGCCAGAUGUGGUGCCGGGCAGCCAGAGGGCCCAUGUGGCGUUGGUUGGUGAUGUCUUGGCUUUGUCCAUCAACAACAUGGGCUCGCUGGUUCAGAUGCCUCUGGGUUGCGGAGAGCAGAAUAUGAUCCAUUUUGCUCCGAGUGCUUAUUUUCUCCACUACCUCAACAUGUCGAGCAACGAUGACGAAGAGAUCAGGAGCACAGCUCUGAGCUAUCUGAAAGACAGCUAUCGGAAGCAGCUGUUGUACCGACGAGACGAUGGUUCCUUCAGUGGUUUUGGAAGCAGGGACGCCUCUGGGAGCACAUGGCUGACAGCCUUUGUGCUGCGAUGCUUCAUCUUGGCUAAACCCUACAUGCACAUAGACCAGAAGGUCUUGGACUCGGCCCGGACUUGGCUCAUACAACGCCAAGGACCCGACGGGGAGUUCAGCGAGGCCGGCAGGGUGAUCCACACCCAGAUGCAGGAGGGAAUCGAUCGAGAUUCAGUCGCUCUCACUGCUUAUGUCCUGGUGGCUCUUCUGGAGGAUGGAACCUUUGCUCCAGCCCACGUGACUCUGGCCCAGACGUACCUGGAGAACAAGGUGUCGGGCGGAGGAGUCAGUAACUACAGCCUGGGCCUGGCUGCGUACGCUUUAGCCCUGACCGGCAGUCCCGUCACUGUUACUGUCCUCGAUGAACUCAACAGGAGAGCCGACGACACAGAUGGAGUCAAGAUGUGGAGCACAUCUCCCGGUUCAAGUUCUCAUGAGCAGCAGUGGCAUUCGAGCCAGAUCGAGAUGGUCUCCUACGUCCUGCUGGCCCAGCUCAGCCGUGGCGGUUUUGUUGAAGGCAUCGCUCUCAUGAAGUGGUUAACCAGGCAGCUCAGCUCUUUCGGGGGCUUCGGGACGACGCAGGACACGGUGGUCGCCCUCCAGGCUCUGGUCUGCUAUGCCGUGUAUAGCGGCGCAGACACCAUUGAACUCAACUUCAACAUUUCCGCCCCGUCGUCUUCUUUCACGUCUCUUUUUCAUAUCGACUCCACCAACUACCGAGAGCAUCAGAGCCGAGAGGUGCGCUCAUUAAAGGACAGCGAGGCGAUUCCCAGAACGGGGAUGGUCAUCAUGGACGUCUGCAUGCUCAGCGGUUUCGCUCUUUCUCCUGGAGCUGCCGCUUCAGCAGAGCUCAUCAGGAAGGUGGAGAUAAAACCUGACAAGAUCAGCUUAUAUCUGGAUUCAAUUACCAAGUCACAAGUUUGCAUCCAACUUCCGAUUGUCAGGAAGUUCAAAGUGGCUCGCACACAGGACGCCGCGGUGCUGGUUUAUGACUACUAUGAACCCACGAGGAGGGCAACAGCUUCGUACAACUCCCCCGAGCUCCACGCCGCCGACUCCUGCUUCUUCUGUGGCGAAGGCUGCUUCGACUGUUUCCCAGGAUUCACCAUCACCGUCUCCUCCCUGCAGUCUCAGUCCGCCGAGGGCAGCGCUGUGAAGCUCGCCGAGGGCGUGCUGGACUCGCAAAAGUGGAAGAGCUGUGAGGAGAAAGAGCCAAAAACACAGGACAGAGUCAUCGAAGGCAAAAAGUAG